AAUUACUCCGUAUGUGACAUAAAUAAGCAAAGAUGCGGGAGAGGACGCGAAUCGACUCGCGAAUUCAAGCCAUCAUUAGUGCGUAACCAGUUUCCUCAGCGCCUUCAAAGAUUCCAGCGCUUCAAACUCCGGUGAUCGUGACAUUUCUACGGUGACCGGAGGAUAUUGCCUUCUUUGUUCCCUGUCCUUGAUGUUCCUGUGAACAAAGAGAAUCUGAGCAAUCGUAGAAUCGCUAGGCAGAAACGACGAUGAACGGGAGCGGACACAGCAGCAGUGAAAGAGAGUUCAUAACGAAACACCACAGUCAAGAGCCGGCGGAGAAUCAAUGCAGUUCAGUUCAGAUCAAGUACAUUAGAGCGCCUCCUCCUCUUGUUUGGUCAUUGGUUAGAAGGUUUGAUCAGCCACAGAGAUACAAGCCUUUUAUCAGCAGGUGCUCAGCACAGGGGAAUCUUGAGAUUGGAAGUCUUAGAGAAGUCGAUGUCAAGUCAGGCCUUCCUGCUACAACAAGCACAGAACGGUUGGAGCAUCUGGAUGAGGAUGAGCAUAUCCUCAGUGUGAGGAUUGUUGGGGGAGAUCACAGGCUUAGGAACUACUCGUCUGUUAUAUCGGUGCAUCCAGAGGUGAUUGAUGGAAGACCCGGAACACUUGUUAUUGAAUCAUUUGUGGUAGAUGUGCCUGAAGGAAACACUAAAGAUGAGACCUGCUACUUUGUUGAAGCACUGCUAAAAUGCAAUCUGAAAUCUCUGACUGAAGUUUCUGAGAAGCUUGCUCUGCAGGGAGGAGAGCUUACAGAGCCCAGCGAUCACUUUUAAGAUCUGCUGGGAGAGCUUACACCUUUGAUGAAAUGAAGUUUUCCUUGAGGCUUUGUAAACAUCACACGGUACUAUGUUUCAUAGGUGUUUGAAAACCAUAGCUUUUGUAAUGGUAUUAUGAAACGUCCGAGCUUACCUGAGAAGAAGAUAUGUGUCUAUUCGCUGUUUGAUGAUGCUUUACCGUUUGUCAUGCUUUGCAGUUUUAUAAGCGCCACGAGUUUGUACUUGUUAGUUUGUAAUAGCAUGGUAUUGGUACCACUAAUAAGUGACCGUACCGAACCUAUAAUAGAUAUGAUUGGUUCAUGUCUUUAUUUCAUUCUUUGUUUAUGUUUGAAUUACUCCUUCCAUG